ACAAGGGGAGGGCAGCCGUGUCCUACACGUAAGGGACAGGAAACGAAACCAAGAGCCCUGCGUAUCAGCAGUGAGGUUACUCUGAGGCUCUUCUCACGCCUCCUUCAGAGUUGGUUGUGUGACUUCUGCCCCUGCAGCAGUUAUAGGUCGCUGGAGACAAAAGAGUAGCCAGCAGACGCCCGGGUCAGGGAGCCCGGCCUUGCCCGGUCUGCGCGGGAACAGCGGCAGCCGCAGAACUAUUGAUAUCAUGGACAAACAAAUCUCCAAGGAUUGCAUUCUGCUGAAGUUACUGCGAAGCCAGUUGAAGUCUGAGAAGGGGAGAUGGCGCACAAUCCCGCCUUCCUGAGUGAAUGGCCUUUGAAAGUUCAUAAUAGAGACACACUCAGAAAAUUUGUCAGAUUGGAAGUUUAGCCAAUGUACCCUCUAUAUUGAUGCCAUGUCUCCAUGAUACAGAAACAAAAAUUUUGAAUUUGGGCGGUGCCUGUGGCUCAAAGGAGUAGGGCACUAGCCCCAUAUGCCCAGUCCUGGCCAAAAAAAAAAUAUAUGAAUUUACAGUUAGUAGCCCGUAAGGAAACAGAGGAGGAGACAUGGAAGUGAAUGGGCCUUAUCUGGGAACACAUCCUGGGUACCCCCCUCAGAAUCCAUCAGCAGCAUUCCAAGGACCUCCAGGACCUGUUGGAUUCCUGGAGCCUGGAUACCCUGGGCCUCAUGCUGGUUACCCAGUCCCGCCUACUAACUACUCACCUGCUGGGCCCCCAGGCUUUCCUGUUCAAAAUCAGCCAGUCUAUAAUCAACCAGUUGGGCCUGCAGGGGUACAAUGGAUGCCAGCACCACCCCCUCCAUUAAACUGUCCACCUGGAUUGGAAUAUUUAACUCAGAUAAAUCAGCUACUGGUUCAUCAGCAAGUUGAAAUUUUAGAAGUCUUAACAGGUUUUGAAACUAAUAAUAAAUAUGCAAUUAAGAACAGCCUUGGACAGAGGGUUUACUUUGCGGUGGAAGAUACUGAUUGCUGUACCCGAAAUUGCUGUGGGCCAUCUAGACCUUUUACCAUGAGGAUUCUUGAUAAUAUGGGUCGAGAAGUCAUCACUCUAGAGAGACCGCUGAGAUGUACCAGCUGUCUGUGCCCUUGCUGCCUUCAGGAGAUAGAAAUCCAGGCCCCUCCUGGUGUACCAGUAGGUUAUGUUACUCAAACCUGGCACCCAUGUCUGCCAAAGUUUACAGUACAAAAUGAGAAAAGACAGGAUGUACUAAAAAUUUCUGGUCCGUGUGUUGUGUGCAGCUGUUUUGGAGAUGUUGAUUUUGAGAUCACAUCUCUUGAUGAACAAAAUGUGGUUGGCAAGAUUUCCAAGCAGUGGUCUGGGCUUUUGAAAGAGGCAUUUACAGAUGCGGAUAACUUUGGGAUCCAGUUCCCUUUAGACCUUGAUGUUAAAAUGAAAGCUGUGAUGCUUGGUGCCUGUUUGCUCAUUGUAAGUCUGUCUUUACAAAUCUACUGGAAGCCAGGAACAACAAUCAGGAGUGUGGCAGUAGCUUAGUAAAGUCCACAGAACUUUUACGUCCACAGAUGGAUUGGGGCACUCUAAAAGGAAAAAGAACGUGUUUGUUUUUGAGAUUACACGUGUCUAAAUUAACCUCUGGUUGUCUUUAUCUCUAGUUGUAGUUGUAUGAUUUUUCUUUUUCAAUUAUAGAGUUUAUUUUCUGUAUCACUGAUUUAUAAGUUUUUUAUGCAUUGACCUCCUACAAAAAGCUGCUUUAAAUUAUAAUCUGAUUUCUUUUCUAUUUUCAUGGCAAAAGUAAACGGGGAUUAAAAUAAUUUUUAAUAAAAUAUCCAUUCAGACAUGACAACUGUUGUUUUGAAAAUAUUGUAUCUUUUUAAAAGUUAAAAAAUAAGAAGUUUGUUAUUAUGUUCAAAUAUCACUGAAUGUGCAUCUCAACCAAGAAAAUUAAAAUGUGUAUUUUUUUGACCUUUAGAAAAUCAUACUAUGUUUAACUUCUCCUAUAAGCUAAUCUAUUACUGUAAAUAUUUAUUUUAAUAAUGACAAGAUAAUAAGUUAUUCAUUUAUAAGUGGCUUCAGUAAAGGAAAAGGGACAUAAUUUUCUUCCAAAAAAAAGAUACAUUUUAAAGAUUUACUGGCUCUAAAAUGUUAGUAUUAUUAUGAAUUUUGAGGUUAUUAUCUGUACAUGAAAUGUUAACUCCUAUCAUUUCUAAACUACAAUAAUUGAGAUUACUCUGGCAUUACCUAAAUAGCACAUAUAUUUCCUCAUGGUGUGUAAACGUAAAUGCUAGUCUGUUAGAUUAUUUAUACAAAUAAACAAAUAUUUUUUUCUUUUUAAUUUUAUUUAUUUAUUUAUUUUUUGUAGCGACAGAGUCUCACUUUAUUGCCUUCGGUAGAGUGCUGCGAUGUCACAGCUCACGGCAACCUCCAACUCCGGGGCUUAGGCGAUUCUCUUGCCUCAGCCUCCCGAGUAGCAGGUGCCUGCCACAACACCUGGCUAUUUUUUGGUUGCAGUUUGGCUGGGGCCAGGUUU